GACCCGGCCCGUGUCUGCCGGGACAAGCAGCAGCGCCAGCCCCGCAGCCUGCCAGCGCCCCGCUCCGCUCCUCCCGGCCCCGGCGCCGCCACCUCGCGUGGAACCAGGCGGCUGGAGAACGCUCGUCUGCUGAGAACGACCCCUAAGCCGUCUCCUCCUGGCACCGGCGAUGACGGCCGCGGUGGUUUUCCUGCUCCUGGGUCUCCUGAGGCUUGCAGCCGCCAAGGCAGCGCGGUGCCCAGCCUGCGGGCUGGCAGCCCUGGCCCCCGCGGCGCAGCGCGAUGCCCUGCUGGCGCUGGCAAAGCAGAGCAUCCUCUCCAAGCUGCGCUUGCCAGACAGGCCCAGCGUCACCCAGCCCACGUCCCGGAGAGCCCUGCUGGCCGCGCUCCGCAGGAUGCGUGCGCAGCGCCUGCCCGUGGCCCCGGGGGCGCCCCGCGGCAGCGGCACCCCGCAGCUGCACCCCGCCACGGGGCUGCAGCGCUACGAGGUCUUGAGCUUUGCUGAGCCAGGCUCCUCCACCUCCCGCCGUGUCCGUCUGCAUUUCCGCUUCGCUCCGGAGCUGGCUGGGAGCGCCGAGAUCCUACAAGCCACCCUCUACCUGUUCUGGGCAGCCCCCGGGCCCGGGACACACCCUGUCACCGUCAGACUCCUGCACUCAGACCCAACCGGGCUCAACGUGAGCGUGGCCAACGAGACGAGGCUGGAGGUGCAAAGGGCCGGCUGGGCUGCGCUGGACGUGGGCAGAGCUGUCCAGAAGCUCUUCAGCCGAAGGAUGCAGAGGCUGACUGUGGAGCUGGAGGCGGAGGAGGGCGGUGGAUUCCCCCUCCUGGCUGAGCACGGCGAUUCCCACUGGCCGUUCGUGGCAGCCCAGGCCCGGGCCGGGGCUCGGCAGCGUGUCCGGCGGCGCAGCACCGACUGCAGCGGGGACGCUCGGACGUGCUGCCGCAGGGAGUUCUUUGUGGACUUCAAGGAGAUCGGCUGGGAGGAUUGGAUCAUCCAGCCAGAGGGGUACCACAUGAACUACUGCACCGGGCUGUGUCCCUUGCACAUGGCCGGCAUCCCUGGGCUGGCUGCCUCCUUCCACACGGCCGUCCUCAACCUCAUCAAAGCCAACAACGCGGCCGCGGCGCUGGGCUCCUGCUGCGUGCCCACGCAGCGCCGGCCGCUCUCGCUGCUCUACUACGACAGGGACAGCAACAUCGUCAAGACCGACAUCCCCGACAUGAUUGUCGAUGCCUGUGGCUGUAGCUGAGCGGGGGGAGGAGGUCGGGAGGGCAGGGCUGUGCUGCACAGGGCACCCCUCCUCCGGGCCCUUCUCUGGCAGCGUGGGACCUGGCGAGCUGCUGGGAGCUGGGAACCCUCCCGAGGUGUUUUGUCCUCCUGAGGUUGAAGGGUGAUGCUGCAUCUGCAAGUCCUCUCCUCCCUCACCUCCCACACUGCUCUUUUCCCCCUUCAGAUCUGCCUGUGGAUUCCCCUCUGCUGCCUCUGACAGCAGCUCCUCGUGGACACCAGACCCUUCUACCUGCAGGGCUCUGCAGGGCACGACCCCCCCAGGCGGCUCAGGGCAGCCCUGGCUCUCCCUGCUGCUGGUCCCAGACCAAGGCCGUGGUGCAGCCCUCAGUGCUGCAACACAAACG